AUGCACUGGGAGUGGAAGAAUUGUCAGGCAGUGUGGAGAGGCCAAUUCACUAGUGGGUACAAGGGUACCCACCCGACAAUGAUCCUUGAAGCCAUCGUUGACCACCGUCUUUGGAUCUGGCAUGCUCACUUUGGCGUGGCGGGGUCAAACAAUGACAUCAACGUGCUGAACACGUCGAGUCUCUUCACCGAGCAAUGCAAUGGCAACAGUCUGGUUAUCGAGUUCACUGCCAAUGGACGACAGCAUCAUAUGGGGUACUACUUAGCCGAUGGCAUACACCCGAGAUGGCCAGUCUUCUUGAAGACGAUCUCCUAUCCAACGGAUGAGAGGAGAGCCUUUUUUGCACAGCGGCAAGAGUCUGGACGGAAGGAGGUGAAGCGAGGAUUUGAUGUGCUUCAAGCGUGUUGGGCAAUAGUGAAAGGUCCGGCUCGUUCCUGGUACAUGUAUCAUAUCGUCAAUGUCAUGUACGCGUGCAUCAUCUUGCACAACAUGAUUAUUCACGAUGAAGGUCCAAGAGCUAGCGAUUGGUCUGAUGAUGAAGCCGAAUCGAGCGCAGGUCAUGCAACACCGCAUGUCGAUUGA